CGGACUUGAUGGGUUCAAUGGUGUUCAUAGAUAGUCCAUCUUUUAGCGGGCUCGCGACCGGGAUCUUGUAAGCGACUAGGCUGCUUGCUAAUUCAAGUUAUGAGAUGUAACAGGAAGACUCCAAAAUCCAAAACAAAAUACUUUGUAAGAAGAUACAAGGAUUUCCAAUGCAGAAUAAGAUUAGAGGGCCGGAGUGCAGAAAAGCCCAAGAGGUAUGCAUUUCUGAAAGAGGGACAAAGAAGGUUGGAUGUUGUGACCGCAGAACGUAAACAUUGGCACAAUCGGCAAAGGCGGUCAAGCGCCCUCGUCUUAGUCAGGGCGGUGACGUCCAUGAUCAGUCAACUACGGAAGAGUUGUUUAUCGUCUGGCCCAACUAUCAGAAUUGGCAUUCGGUGGAAAAGAGAUGUUAAGUAUUGAAUCGUGUACAAGAAUAGGCGAACUCAGAGUAAUGUGUUAAAAUUCAUUACAGACACAUUUGGAAGGUCGCUGGUCAUAUAUAGUACAUGGAAACAUACCCAGAUAGCAUGCAAAUCACCCGACUUUGCUAUGCUCUGCCCGCGGAAAAGAAUGAGAAAUAACGAAGUGUAUAAAUAUAAUCAACAUAGAGCCAUGAUCACCAAUU